AUGUAUCGACCCAUCCUCUUAUUUGCUUCGACAAUUCUACCUGCUAUUGUUGGUGCCCAACAAUUGUCAGAUGGCGCAAUCGUUCCGUUUUCAUCCGACCUUCCCUCCUGCGCAUCACAAUGUGGACCUCUUUCUGAUGUUCAAGGAGCUUGCGUUCCUCCCCAAACCGCCGAUGUCUCUAGUUCUUGCUUUUGCGCCGAUGCCAGAUUAAAACCUUUCCUCACAGGAACAACCGGAGUUUCUUCUGUGUGCGGUGCCGCGAGUUGUACGUCGACUGCAGAUUUACAAGCAAUUGAAACUUGGUACGAGCAAUAUUGUAACACGCCAUCGGCAUCAACUACUGCAUCGAGUGGUGGAAGUUCAGCAACUUCUUCCUCAAGUUCUAAUAAUUCAAAUCCAACUUGGUUAUCUAGCCAUGUGAAAUGGGUCGCAAUGCUUAUUGUCCUUGUUGUCGGAAUAUCUGGUAUAUGGUUACUAGCAUUUUAUUUUAGAAGACGAUAUCUAAGGAAGAGGGAGAGGGAGAUCGAAAUGAGACCUCCAAUUGCCUUAGGACCACAUCAACUACAAAGUACAACAGGAGGAUACGGAUACGGAGACGGGGCUAUGAAUGCUGCUGAAGGAGGACAUCAUAAAGAAGCAGCUCGGACGACUGUGACAUCUACACCGGCAGAAGCAACAAGGGGUAAAAGGGAAAGCAGAGGUCUUCAAAAAAAGCAACGAACUUGA